AGUAUGAAGCCUACAAUAACUGAAUCAUUAAAUUCUUUUAUUUUAUCAGUAAAUAGUCUUGCUGAUCUUGAACAUAACAUUGAACGUCAGAGAAAUAGAGUAAUUGCAUUUAAUUUAACUUUACAACUAUUUCUUAUUUUCGUAGGACGUGAUGCUAGCUCGAUCGACGCAUACUACGUUUGUGUCGACAAUACUUUGUACAAAAUCGAAAGUGCUCUCAAAGCUAUCGACGUAUGUUACAAGUGUUUUUUUGUACUGCAUGCCUGUUAUCCUAAAGAAUGCCAACAAAUAUGGCUUCUUAUACAAAAAUAUUUGUAUAAAAUGUCAACUGAGAAUGAUGUGAUUAAUAACAAAGUUAUAUCCAUCGAGAUAGCAUUAAAUAAAAUGUAAAAGUACAAAUAUGGUUAUGUUAACAAAAAUAUUUUAUAUGUAUUU